AUUAAACUAGAGCCUCAGUGUACCACAAGGUUCGUUUCAGAAUGCUUCGAAGGCCCGGAUACGGUUUGACAAGUGGCAAGUGAUUUUUCAUCGAAACCAAGUGUAAAAUCUGCUAUCAAGAUGUUGAACAUGAACUUCAAGCCCCAAGGGCUUGUGGCAGACCUGAUGCCAAACAUCAGGAUAAUGCAAUUUUUCGGUCAUUUCAUCUUGAAAUACCACGAUGACGAUUCUGGAGCCUUGCACACUUUGAGACUUGGAUAUUGCUGCUUGAGUCUCUUCCUAGUCUGGCUACAAUUUGGACUCAACCUAGUCAACAUGGUGCUCCAAAAGAACGAAGUCAACGAUCUAGCUGCAAACACAGUAACAGUCCUAUUCUUUCUUCACUGCGUGACCAAAUACACUUACUCAGCAGCCAGGAUGAAGUUAUACUAUAGGACACUCGGUAUAUGGAAUCAGUCCAACAGUCAUCCGUUGUUCAUAGAGUCCAACAAUAGGUUUCACGCAAUAUCCCUGAAAAAGAUGAGGACGUUGCUGAUAUGCGUCUGUUCCUUCACUGCGUUUUGCGCUAUUGCUUGGACCUCGAUAACGUUCGUGGGACCCAGCAAUCAUACCAUCAAAGAUCCCGAGAACGAGAAUGAAACUAUAAUCGAAGAGUUACCAAGGCUUCUGGUGAGGGCUUGGUAUCCUUGGGACACCAUGUCCGGAAUGACCUACUACAUAACCCUUGUUUUCCAGAUGUACUACGUUGCUUUUUCGAUGUUUCAAGCUAAUUUAUCCGACACCCUGUUCUGUUCUUGGCUGAUUUUUGCCUGUGAACAACUUCAACAUCUGAAGGAAAUCAUGAAACCCCUCAUGGAACUCUCAGCUACCUUGGAUACAUACGUACCAAAAAGCAGCGACCUCUUCAGAGCCUCCAGUCAAACCAGAGACCACUUGAGUGACUAUGAGAACAACAUCAAGAACGAAGAAAUGAACUUGAAGACCAUCUACGACGCCAAAAGAGAACUUGGCGCCCACAUCAGGUCCGGAGCUCUGCAAAGUUUUGGUCCAGCAGGUGGAGGUGGAGUUGGACCAAACGGUUUGACCAAGAAACAAGAGCUAUUGGUCAGAUCCGCCAUCAAGUAUUGGGUAGAGAGGCAUAAGCACGUUGUUAGGUUAGUGACAGCCAUUGGAGAUGCUUACGGAGUGGCUCUACUGUUACAUAUGUUGACCUCCACCAUCAUGUUGACCAUCUUGGCCUACCAAGCCACAAAGAUCGACGGAUUGAACGUCUACGCUGCUUCUACCCUUGGAUACUUGAUAUACGCCCUGGCUCAAGUCUUUCAUUUCUGCAUUUUCGGUAACAGGUUGAUCGAAGAGAGUUCUUCGGUGAUGGAAGCAGCCUACAGCUGUCACUGGUACGACGGUUCCGAAGAGGCCAAAACUUUCGUCCAGAUCGUCUGUCAGCAGUGUCAAAAAGCCCUCUCGAUAUCCGGGGCUAAAUUCUUCACUAUCUCCCUGGAUCUGUUCGCUUCUGUACUUGGAGCCGUGGUUACAUAUUUCAUGGUGUUGGUACAGCUCAAAUAAGGGUUGAGUGAGGAGUUUGAGAGCUUGAUAAUUUAUGGAGAGUCAGUUGGGGAAGUAAUAUGCUUAGAUAUUUUUCAUAGGGGGAAUGUAAUGUUUGAAACUUUGAUGGAAAAUUUUUCGUUGUAGCUCUGAGCUUGAGCCAUAUGAUUAAAAAAUUUCUCGGCAUUCCAAAGUGUCUUUCAACAUCACUUCUACCUUAUAUGCAUCAAAAGUUGUUAUAAAAGUUAUGUAUAUGAUGUAUAAAAUAAAACGUAUUUCUG